ACAGAGCCUGUUUCAAAGUCUUCGGUCAUCAGCUGACUUCUGACAGGGUGACUAAAAUUCAGGGUGUAAUAGUGGCAUGUGGUGUUUAUUAAUAAUCUUAAUAUAUACCAGUUGUUGGAAUUUAUCAAUUAGAUCAACGUACUAGAAGUCAAAGUACUCCCAACAUAGUCACGUUACUUAAUUUUUGUAUCUCAAAUUUCACCAUCUAAAUUACUUCAUCGUAAAAUAUGAUUAGCUUGGGAGCGUAUGAAUAUAAUCCAGCGGAUGUUCUAGGUAAUGGGGCAUUCGCAAUUGUAUAUAAAGGGAGAGUUAAAAAUAAUCCAGAGGAACCUGUGGCAAUAAAAAUCAUGUUGAAAGAUCAAAAUGUCCUUAAGUCGAAGACGCUUCUUAGCAAGGAAAUAUGUGUCUUAAAAGUGAGUUUAUAUGUGUCACCUCCUACAUUAAAUUAAGGACCUUAACCACGACAAUAUCGUCCGACUAUAUGAUCACAGUAUCUCUAGCAGUGGAGUCUAUUUGGUAAUGGAGUACUGCAAUGGUGGUGAUCUUUCCGAAUACUUACAGGCCAAGCGCACUUUGCCUGAGGAUACAAUCCGUCACUUCCUAAUACAGAUUGGCUCGGCUAUGGACGCUAUGAAUAGGAAAGGAUUUAUGCACAGAGACUUGAAACCAGGUAAUAUCUUGUUGAGCCACUGUAGGGAUUGUGGUCACCAUGUCACUUCUCUUCCUGGUUAUCUUCUGUCCUUCAAGUUAGCUGAUUUUGGCUUCGCUAGAUUUUUACAAGAUGGGAUGAUGGCAGUAACCAUGUGUGGAUCACCUAUGUAUAUGGCUCCUGAAGUACUGAUGUGUCGUAAAUAUGAUGCAGUGGCAGAUAUUUGGAGUAUGGGCAUUAUUGUUUACCAGUGUUUAACUGGUAAGGCUCCAUUUUAUGCCAACACUCCAGAGGCUCUAAAAAACAUAUAUGAAAAAACAGCUUGUCUCAGACCAAAAAUACCUGUUACAACCAGUAAAGCGUUACAGGAUCUUCUGUUAAAAAUGCUUAUUCGUAAACCAUCGGAUAGAAUUGAUUUUCAAAAUUUCCUGAAUCAUCGAUUUCUGCAUCAACGACAUUUUGAACCUCGAGCUGGUUCUGGACCAGAGUCGUCUGCAACACGAUCAUCUAUUGCUCCUGCCCUACCUAGUCGUAACAGACCAACAGUUCGAGGCUCUGGAAUUACUGUUCUUGGUCAAGGAACUGGUGAAGGCCCAUAUUAUCUUGCUCCACAAGAUGGUAAUCGUGGAAGAGAUAAAACACCUCAAGGAAAAGCAUCUAAUAAUCCACCUGGUUCAUCAAACGGUCCUCGUGAAUGGACUAAUCCAACACAUUGGUCAAACAAUACAAGCAACAAACAACAACCUUUAUCUGGAGCAACUUCAUCAUCACCAUCAUCACAACACUCAACAGGUGAUUUCAAUCCAUUCUAUCCACAACAUACCGGAGCUGGUAUUAUACCUUUCAAUAAUUAUGAUGAUCCAGGCUAUGGUCUAGACGAUAUAGAUGAUGAAAUGACGAAAACUACCGUUGAUGAAUACAUUGAAGAUGAAUUAGAUGCAUCCAGUUCAUCACCAUCUAGUGACCAAAAUAACUUACCUAAACUGCCUUCAGUAAAACCACGUGAUUUUAUGCAUAUUGAUUCUAAUAAAUACCCUACGGAUAAUCAUCAAAAUAAUCUUAACACUAACUUUUAUAGUUCUAAUCAUCAACAACAGUAUAUAUCAAACAAUUAUCGACCAGCAGUACCAACAAGACAGGAUGGAUUUAAUGUAGAUGAACAAAGAUCAACUGCAUAUCGAUUUGAUCAACGUGGAGUGUAUAUGAAUGCUGAGAUGGAAUAUGGUGAACCACCGCUUGAAGAUUAUGUUAUUGUAAAUUCAGAUGGUUCAGAAGUUCAACGUAUAGAUCGUGAACGAUUCCGUCAACAAAAUCAAUCGACUGAUCCACUUUCACAUAUGAGUAACGUUGGCCGUAUUGUUCGUAAUCCUGGAGCAUAUCUUACAAAUAAUAAUAAUAAUCUUCAACGUAGAGGUAUGACAGAUAUUGGUCCACUCCCAGAUGUAACUAUUGGUACAAAUACAACAGAUACACGAUAUUAUCAAUUACUAAAUGAUAAUCGUCGCAACUCUUCACCCACUCACUUAAAUACAAACGAAAUUCCACAUGGUGUAAAUAAUAAAAUAGCUGAUCAGUACUUAAAUCAGCUGCCAGUCAAUUCUCGAAAUUCUCCAACUAGUCACAAGUAUAAUACUCAACCUAUAUCAGAACCAACAAAGGGAUCAACUGAUUAUACAAAAGAUAAAUCUCAUGGAACUCAAAUUAAUGAAGGGAACUUGUCAUCUCUUUCUCAUCACAAUACUGAACCGAAAAUAUCCUAUAUGGAACCUGUGAUGAGUAAUUUGAAUUUGAGUAAAACUGGAACUACCUUACAACAAAUUACUUAUCAAACUAACAAUAGACAAUUUAUUCAUCCUUCUGGUUUACAAACUAUCGCUGUUCAAGGUGUAGAUGGUGUUUAUCCUGUUAUCGCUACAGGUAGAAAUUUCGAGAAUGAUUUAACAUCCGGUGGUUUGUGGGAAGCUGCAGAAUUUUCAGAUGAAAUUUUAAUGGAGUCCGAACAUAAUGAAGAAAUUAAGAAAAUUACAAUGGUCCUAGAAUUGUGUGAAUUAUUAGCAGAAUUAGCUGAACGUCGAGCAUCUGCACUAGCUGAUUGUACUCCAACACGUGUUGUAAAUACAGAUAAUGAUAGUAAAACAACCACUACAGAUCCUUCUGCUGUUAAUGAUGGUGUAUCACUAGUUAAGCUGGACAAUCAACAAACUAAAUGUUCGUCGAAUACUAAUAGUCUUGAUAAUAAUCAUUCUGUUGGCAGUUAUAUUAAUAAUAGUAAUAAUGAUGAACAGGAUACAAGCAAAAAUUGUCAACAAGCAUCAUCCACUGCAUUGAAAUUCGUGUCUGAAGCUCAAAGAAUUGUUGAACAAAUUGUACUUUAUCGACGUGUUCUUUAUUACUUGGAAUAUGUUUUUGAUCAAGUUAAAAAAGCCUUUCAAAACGGUCGUCUAAAAUCUACACCCACUGCAAGAAGACGUUUAGUCGAUUGUAAUACAUUAUACCAUCGUUGUUAUAUCCGACUUAGACAAUUAGCAAGGCAAUCACGUCGUGAAGAUUUAAUCGAACCAGUUGGUAGACUUUUAGCUAAUAUUACAGCUAAUCGUUUAAUAUUUCAAUAUGCAUUGGAUCAAUGUUAUGCUGCUGAAAUGGAUGAGUAUAUUGGUGAAAUCGCAUUAGUAUGUUUACAUUUUUAACGUUUAUUCUUAGUGCAUAAGUCAUAUUGAUGGUUUAUGAAAGCAUCAUUGCUAAAUAUAGACGUGAUUGUAGCUCCAUAGCCGUUUAAUUCAAUUAAUCAUUUCAGUUCAUUUAUCCAUCCCGAUCGGUUGUAACAUUUUUUAUCGUUUAUCUUUUCACAAUUGCUACCAAAAUUAAUGCAACCAUAAAGAUGUGAGACUUAUAAUAAAUGUUAACAUAAUAUCUGUAGUGAACUAAAACUCAGUUGAGGAUUACCAAUUUUAUUCUUUAAUGCAAAAUUACAGAGUUCCUUCGUAAAAAUGUGGAAAGCCAUACAUCAAAUACUUCAUUUGUAAAUCUUCCAUUAAUUAUCUCAAACUUCAUUAUUCCUUCAUUGCUAUCACAAUUACUCUCUGUUUACAUUCCCGUUCUCUUCAACUCGAUCUUCUCAAACUUCUGCUGCCAGGUAGUUCACUUCUGACUGGUGUUACAUACUACUUAUGUCGACAAAUAUAAGUAGCAUAUACCAUAUCUUCUAUUUGACAGAUACACCUUAAUGGGAGUAAAGAAGAAGCCAUAAUCUUAAGUUUCCCAUCAAUUAUUACUUAUUGGAAAGCCUUACUAGUGAUUUAUAUUUUAACUGUCCAAAUAUUCUCAUCAUAGUAAAACACUCAUAUGUGAACGAAGUAUAUUGUUUUCAAUGGACUCUCUUCAGGUUCAACAGUUAUGCAUUCAAAUUAUUAAUCCAAAAAUUAACCAGGUUUAUGGCAAAAUUAUACCGUCUAAAAUUUACUGUAUGUGAAUUUAGGAUUGUUUGUAAAAUAAAAUACAACUAUUAUUAUUGUUGAAAUGACUUUUAUGCUAUAUUAACGUGAAUAAAUUUAUAGAUGAGUCUAUAAUUUAUGGACGACCUUUGAGCGACGCUAUAGUGGUCUUGAGAAUAUUCAACUACUCACUAAAGUUAAAUGGGAAUUAUAAACCCGUGUAAAGAAUAAGGAUUAUAAUUUACAAUUGAUAGUUAGGGUUAGGAAUUAGAUUUAAAGUUUUCAUCACUAACUGGCACUAGCUAAAGUCUCAAAAUGCUCUUUAACCAAAUGGGUGGACGAAUCUCGCGUCAAAAUCCAGGACCUGUUAUCCUAAAUCUAAUCGGUUCGUCCAUAAUUUAUAGUCUCGCUAAUUUGUACAUUAAAUGGAAUUAUGAAAUUAAUGAUCAGAAUGAAUAUAGGUAAGAUAGGAUAAAACAGAAAUUAUGUCAGUACAAAUCAGAUACGAUGUUUAAUAAAGGGUCAUAUAAGUUAUAUAGAUUCAAUAAACAAAAUGUGGUGAGUGCUGACGAAAUCCUGCAUUUGUUUAGAAGGUUAAUAGUAAUGUUGAAAGCAUAAUAAUUAUAGAUUUAUUAGUGGAAAUGAUAAUAAUGAGACUGUAGUAUUUAACUAAGGAAGUUCGUAUGAACUUUGUUGUUUCUUCCCGAAUUUAUAUAACCCUAUGCAAUUUGCACUCGUUUUUUAUUUGUUGUUGUCUUAUCAAAAUUUAUAUAUACUCUGAUAAUAUUUUACGUAAUUAACUUUUCUUUACGUAUAAACGUUCUCUUUUAUAACUCGUCUGUGGUUGUCGUUGUUCAAGUGUUGUAUUGCUUAUACGUUUUCCACUCUGUCUAAUCGCGUAGAUUCGUUUUCUCAUUAUUCAAGUGCUGUAUUGUUUAUACGUUGUCUACUCUGUCUAAUUGCGUAGAUUCGUUUUCUCAUUAAAUAAUAAUAUCUUCAGUCUUCCUUCAUUUGGAUUUCAAACAUUCCAUAACACUAUAAAUCACUAAAAUUCGCGUUUGUGAUCAUUAGUCAAUCACCUAAUAUUCAUGUUACCUUUGUAAAAGCUAAGGAAUGAAUUUUUCACAUUGAUAGCAAGACUGAAAUUCCCAUUGUCAGUUGGUCAUAUACAACGUAGAAAUUGAGGCACAUGUGCAGCCUUUCAAGUUGUCACAGUCAAUUAACACAGUGAGAUGAAUUUUUCAAGGUCAAUCAUACAGUUUUGGCUGUAUUAAAAGUAUUAGCGGUAAUCGAAAAGAUAGCCGUAGAAGGUCCGAUUCGAGAAGGGAAUAUGGAUUAAUAGAAUUAAAAGAACCUAACUUGUAAUCCUUAAGAUUAAAGGAAAAGAGAGAGAACAAGGAACACAUUGCGCCAAAAAUUGGAGGCAAACAUGAAGAGAAUGAAUCUCAUUUGAAAGCAACUGGAAAGAAAAACAUAGGAUAGAGUUGGUUGGAGAACCCUAAUCGGUGGGCUAUGCUCUCACGAGAGUCUACAGGUGUAAGUUAAGAAAAAGAAAAAGAAAUGUAUAACGUAGUGUAAAAACUUAUGAACUAUGAAGAAUACAAAGAAUGGAUGCACCAGUACCAUUGAAAACGAUUCUGAGCCAUGUCACCUGAAGUCUAGUGGUUGGUUACGAUAAUCGAGCAGAACCCAACCGAGUUGGUCCACACCUACUUACCUGAUCUAGUCCAACAGUCAGUCAUUUCAUAACCCAAUGAUAUGUUUUAAUUUUGUCACCCUCAGCUUUCAUCCAAUCUACUGCCCCACCAGACAUAAUCGUUUGACAAUACAAGAGGUGGGUGAGAGUACAUAUAACAUAUCCCAACCAUUUCAGUCGAUAAAGACUCGUAUUCUUGUUUUUUGAACCCCGUCUGGUCAUGGGUGCUCAUCUGAGUAAACAGGCUGAAAAUAAUAAUUAUUAUUUUAACUCUUUUAUGUCUUAUAAUAAUAAUGAUAAUAAAAACAUUCUUUUAAAACGAAGUCUUCUCCUUUUUAGUCUCUUCAACGAUAUAAGGCUGGUAUCACUUUAAUUCAUGGCCUAUGUCAACAUGCUAAAUCACAAAGGGAUAAAACAUUAUUAUCGGAUUGUAUGCGGUUAUUAAGAGAACGCUAUGCUUGUUUAUGGUCGACUGCUACCAAACCGAAUCUACAAACAAUGCAUUAUCAACCUGAUACAACAAUGCCAACCACCAACACCACCACCACAACAACAACAACUCAAUGUUCUAAUAACAAUCCUACAAAUAUUCUUUUACCAUCGGACAGUUUACCCAAUCCUAGUUUAAAUGAUCCAUCAUCUGAAGUGAAUAAUAAAUUUACUGUUACGGUUGGUACAUUACCCAUGACUAAUUGUGCACCGAUCACAUCACCUUUACGUUGAUGUUAUAUGUAUAUCAUACAUGCACUGUAAUUCAUUGUUAAUAUGCUUUUUCUUUUGAAGUUUACUACUACUAGCAUUACUAGUAUGUUUAUCGUCAUUCAGUAAGUUAUCUCUAUUUGAACAUUAUAAUUUUAUCAAUAUCAUUAUAUUGACAAUCAGGUAGAGAAGAUGGGAGGUACCUUUCUUUUUGAAGGUAAUAAAAAAAACGUAAAGUAAAUCAACUGUUUCUCCUUUAUCAUCAUAACCAUUUAACUAUUAUUGCCAUGUACAAAUCUAUAUAAUUUUGUUUAAAUUCAACUCAAAAACCAUCUACUUGAGUAAUAAACCAUUUACAUAUUUCAC